AACAUGGCUUCCGUGAAAUCAGAAAUGCUGCAGUUUUCUGGUGCAAACAGCACCUCGGAUCCUGCCAACCGGUCAGUCCUGAUCGUCGGUCAGCUCCCAAACUUGACCAAGGUUCCUUAUGACAUCGUGAAGACCAAAUUGCAGCCUCGGGUCACUGAAGAGUCCUACGGAAUGGCACUUGGCUGCCUCAGCCCAUCACCAACAGAUACUGUCUCUCUGUGGUUCAACAAUGCGACUCUAGCGGCCCUGCCGAUGAAGGCUAGCAGGCACAAUGCACCAUCCCGCUGCCACAUCCUCACCAAACUGGUCCGUAGUUGUCUCACCGGAAGUGGCAACGAGUGCAUCGUGGUUGCCAGUGAACAUGCCCAUGUCUUUCCUCUUGGCUGUGCCAUCGCAAGGGCCUUCCCUCUCUAUUCCCGUAAAGCAGGCUCUCGCAAGCAGACCCAGCGCAUCGUCAACGUAGAAUUCGUCAUCACAGACAGUGAUAACGCUUCCCUGACGGAAGAAGAGGUGGCGACCUUACAGGUUACGGCCCAGUCUAUCCGUGAAUCAGCCCGUAUCGUGGAUAUGCCUUGCAAUGAAAUGAACACGAUGGACUUUGUAAAAGAAAUCCAAAGAAUUGGACAAUCCCUUGGCAUCACCCCUCUCAUCAUCCAAGGAGAGGAGCUCAAACAGAAAGGGUUUGGAGGUAUCUACGGUGUCGGCAAAGCUGCAGCCAAUCCACCAGCCUUUGCUGUCCUUAGCCACACACCACCUAAUGCAUCUCAAACCAUUGCUUGGGUGGGCAAGGGCAUCGUCUAUGACACUGGUGGACUCUCCAUCAAGGGCAAGACUGCCAUGCCUGGUAUGAAGCGGGACUGCGGUGGCGCAGCAGCGAUUUUGGGUGCAUUCUAUGCAGCCGUUAAAGAAGGUUUUCAAGAGAACCUUCAUGCCUUAUUCUGCCUGGCCGAGAAUGCUGUAGGCCCAGAUGCCACAAGACCAGAUGAUGUACAUAUCAUGUACUCCGGGAGGUCAGUUGAAAUCAACAACACAGAUGCUGAGGGAAGAUUAGUACUAGCAGAUGGGGUGUCCUUUGCCGCAAAAGAUCUGAAAGCUGAUAUCAUUGUUGACAUGGCCACACUGACUGGCGCCCAAGGUAUCUCAACAGGAAAGUACCAUGCUGGACUCCUGACCAACAACGAAGACUGGGAGGUUGCUUCAACGAAAGCAGGUCGUAGCAGUGGUGACUUGGUGUUCCCUCUAGUCUAUUGUCCAGAGCUUCACUUUAGUGAGUUUGGUAGUGCAAUAGCCGACAUGAAGAACUCUGUAGCGGAUCGUGGUAAUGCCCAGAGUUCUUGUGCAGGUCUUUUCAUUGGUUCACACAUCGGCUUUGACUUUGGUGGAGUCUGGAUACAUUUCGACAUUGCCGCACCGAGUUACUCAGGUGAGAGAGCAACCGGAUAUGGUGUAGCCCUUCUGCUGGGGCUGUUUGGAAGCGCCACCAAGUCCAGACUCCUUCAAGCCAUCUCGCCCCCAGGCCUCAUGGAUGAUGAGAUGAUGGUAGAAAGCGCCACCAAGAAGAUACGCCUCAUAUGAAAUAGUGUGCUGCUGCUGCUUCACAUCUCCAAUUCUAGCUUUAGAAUCCAUGUUUUAUUCCUAGACGGGUGUUCAAAACAUCCGAAACCAUUUAGGGCGGUUCCAUGCAACGUGUCCAGUACAACGUAUGACAUUUAUCCACAUAAUUCUUCCAUGACGGAAUAAGAUAUCUCCAAUUUUAGCUUUAGAAUCCAUGUUUUAUUGCCAGGCGGGUGUUCAAAAUACUGAAACUAUUUAGGGCAGUUCCAUUCAAUGUGUCCUGUUCAACAUAUGGCAUUUAUCCAUUUAUUUAAUCCAGGAAUAACAUAUCUCUUGAUGUGCCUCUGCCUUAUGGUAGUGAUACCAGGGACCUAUUUCACAAAGCUUUUUUCAAUGACAAAUGACACAAAUCAGUGUCAAAUCUGCUGAUAGCCAAUCAAAAGCAAA